CAGGGUCCUGCCGCAACUGCGACUGGGCAUCAUUUCCUGAUUCCCGCGCCUGCCAAGCGCUUAAUACUCACCUCACGCCGCCGUUCCAUCGAGCAGGGCUCUUCCUCAUACAAGACUCCCUUCCCUCCUUCGCUUCAGUACAAAUACCUUGAUCAUUUCCUGCCCGUGCUGCACCGAGCAGCAGCAGCAGCAGCAGCAGCAGCAGCACCAAGCCGUUUCUUCACAACUCUCGUUCGACCACCGGCAUUAUCUAGACAACACCAUGGCCGACCCUAGCUCUCCAAACCUCACCUACAACAAUCCCGCCUUCUCCCAAAACCACGAGCGCCGUGGCUCUAUCCGCCGGAGCUUCACCUCCUCCUUCUGCACUCCCAAGAUCGAUACACCACGCACCCUCUGCCCGCGCGAUGGCGACGCCUUCAGCUACGAUCGCUCUCACCUCGCCGACUGGCACGUCACCCAAGACCUCUGGGAGCACCUUCCCUCGAACAUCCAGACCACCCUCGCUGCCGUGCAGCAAGCUGGUGCGGCGGUGCUGACUGGCUACUCGAGGAUCGAUGCCCACAAGUCAGCGCAGGGAAACGGCAACGCAUAUACCAAGUUCGAGGACGAUGAGUUGAUUGCUAAGCUCGACGCUCUGCCGCCACCAAAGAUACGCACCAUCAGCAAUGCUAGCAGCGUGGUUCUGUCCGACGUCAAUUCACCCGUCUUCACUACGACUUCAGUGUCAGAGGCUGGCACCCCGUCCAUAGCCUCCUCGCAGAGCACGAACCCUGUUUCACCCAUUUGCCUUGGUCCUUCGGACUCGCUUCCCGCUGAGAAGGGCAACCGUUCCCGCAAUGGGUCCUUCAUCAUUCCAAUCGAGCCGCAAGACCAAGGCUAUGUGCUCGAGAUCUCCUCCUUGCGCACCGAGGCUCUUCCUCGUCUCAAGCAUAGCGGCCACAAGCUUGACUUGGAGUGGCGCGAGGCCAAGCGCACCAGUGACACCACCCACCAUCUCUCCGCUAUCAACAUCGCCACCUUCGAGAAAUGGUGGGCAGAGAAGAAGCUGAAGAUCGACUCGCUUUAUGAGCGCGGCCAGCAUCUCAGUACCGGCCUGAACCUUUCGCCCAAUGGCUUAGGCUGGGCGGCGCCAUAGAUGCUAGUGAGGUGGGGCUUAACCGCAAAAGAGCUACUGCUCGCUCAUCGCGAGUUGGAGUUCCACACGUUGGAAUGGGUGGAGAUCAUCACAACUCGGAUAUGUUAGUGACGAGCCAUUUUACUUAACCCCUCCUUCGACACAAGUUUUAUGCUCUUCUUCCAAAGUCGAAGUUCGACACUUCUUUCAGUAGGGUUUCUUCGUGUGCUGUGCAUUUUCGAGCGAGGAGUUCAGGACGGGCA